CCCGCGUUAGUUACCAUAGCAGCGAGAGUUUAAUUUGUGUUCCGCCAUGGCUAUCAGUCCGUCUAGAGUUUUCGCUGCUUUAUUACCCACCGCGGGAGAUAUUUACCGGGACGAAAACGAACCAGGGAUUGGAGGACACACGGUUACCGUUCAGCGAACCCAGAACAGCGCGCGAGAGGUCCAGGUGACUGGGAGCGCAGAGGUCUCGUGCCCAGCCGACCGCGCUACUGUUUCCGUUAGUUUCAAAAACAGCAAGGAGUCGGUGAACGACGUCACCAACAGCAUCUCGAGGAGAGUAGAGUACAUUCUACAGACCCUGAGACAACACCAUGUCAAGGGGGAAGAGUUGACAGUGACGAGACACAUCUACAGAGCUGAUGACCUGUACCACAUGGAGGCUCUGGUGAUGGUGGUGUUCUCAGACUUUGGUCAGAUGGAGAGAGUGUGUAUUGUUCUGUUGGAGAAGCUGGAUAAGAGUGUGUGUGUCAGCACACCUCACUUCUACCACAGUGAAGAAUGUCUCAGCCUAUUGAGGCGGAGCGCGUGUGUAGCAGCAGUAGAGAAUGCUCGCCUGAAGGCGUCUGAGAUGAGCAGCAUGCUGGGACAGACUCUGGGGCACCCCCUACUGGUCAGAGAGGAAGAGGCCAUGGAGAGAGAUGGAGGGAGAGAAGGAGGAGAGGGGAGGAUGGGGGAGGGGGUACACAGGCCUAGCAUCAGUGCGACCUCUCGUGUGUUUGUCACCUUUAACCUCCGACACAAAGACAGAACCAGGAAGAAGAUUUGAAGACUACAUUCUACCCCGUCAGCACAGUGCAAACACACACUCCCUCACAAUCACACUGUAGAUAUGAAGACAAAGACGAGGAUGGACAGUCAUGGUUUUGUUUAGAAUAAUAUUUAUUUAAGCUUUUCCUCAAAGCUUCUGUCCAUAAACAUGAAUGUCAAUAAAUUAUGUAAAUGUG